AUGCAGGAACUGUACGACUACACGCCCGAUCUGUACUCGUACACGACGGUACUGCACGCGUGUGCCAAGCAUGGAGACUUUAUCCAAGCCGAGCAGAUCAUUCGACACAUGGAACGGCAUCAUGUACCCAUGACCGAGUUUGUGUAUAACACGCUGUUUAACGUGUACGCACGCGCUCAGUUUCGCGCUAUUGUGGACAAGGCUCCGCGGAAUCAGAAGCCAUUGCCCAAAGCUGAACCCAUUUACCAGGUGCCACUGGAAUGGGACGACGACGGGAAGGAAAUCGACUUGACACGUCCAGGAAAGGAGACGUUCUCGCUGGAGAAUGCCAACUACGAUGGACGCUUUGAUGAGGAGGGCGAGGACGAGGACGAAAUGGACGAAAGGGACAGCUACAAGCUCAGUCCAGAGGCAUUGGCACAAGUGGAAGCGUUGCGUCAGCAGGAUGAGUCCAGUCACGAAGAAGUGAAGAAGGCCGAGUCGACGGCACUGGUCAAGACGGAGCGGAGUAUGGAAGUCUAUGGCCAAGAGGACGACAAGCUGUUUGCUGACAGUGAGGAAUCGCUGGACUUUGAGCUGAUGCCGAUGGACUUGACAGACUUUGGCCAGUUCCAGACGCUCAACAUCAAGCGUGCGGAGGUUCGGUUCCAUGAAAUGACCUUCGAGAAGGGUCUCAAGCCGUCUCGGACGACGUUGAACUCGAUGCUGGGCGUGUACACGAAUGCACUGCGUCUUCGCUCGGCCGAAGUCUUCAUGGACGAGACGUUCUCCCAGUUCGAGCUCAGGCCCAACAAGUUCACGUACCGUAGUAUGAUGCAGAUGUACGUGCGCGCGAAGCGGACGACUCAAGCGGAGCAGUUGCUGGAGCGUGUGCGUUCGGAGAUCGAGAGCGGAGAUGUGGAGGCGGACGAGGUGACAUUCGGUUUGCUGGUGGACCAUUACGCCAGGAAACGCUUGCUGCGUCGCGCGCUCACGACUCUGGAAGACGCAGACGCGCUGGGGCUGCAGCUGCAGGAGAAGCAUCUGAAGAAGAUCCGCGCUCUGACGGAGAAGUACGGCGUCUUUACGGAUCUCAUUUCGGAGAACCCGAACGCGGUGCUUCUCGCUAGCUCUCACUACAAACUCAUGGAGAAGCGGAAGGUGCGUGCCCAAGUGUUGGAGUACAACCGCAAGAUCGGGAAGCGCUUUCUUCUUCCGGAAACCGUCUACUAG